UCAAAACAAUUGCCUCGAGCGGCAGCCAUGAUGAUCUUAAAGGGGCAGUACCGGCAAAGACGACAGCCAGAUCGACAGACUGCAGCCCAGAAGUCCCCCUGGCCAGGAUGUCUGGCCUGGUAUUGGGGCAGCGGGAUGAGCCUACAGGACACCGGCUCAGCCAAGAGGAGAUCCUGGGGAGCACUCGGCUGGUGAGCCAAGGGCUGGAGGCCCUCCACAGUGAGCACCAGGCUGUGCUGCAAAGCCUGUCCCACACCAUUGAGUGUCUGCAGCAGGGAGGCCAUGAGGAAGGGCUGGUGCAUGAGAAGGCUCGGCAGCUGCGCAGGUCUAUGGAAAACAUCGAACUGGGGCUGAGUGAGGCGCAGGUGAUGCUGGCCCUGGCCAGCCACCUGAGCACAGUGGAGUCAGAGAAGCAGAAGCUGCGGGCUCAGGUGCGACGGCUCUGCCAGGAGAACCAGUGGCUCAGGGAUGAGCUAGCGGGCACUCAGCAGAGGCUCCAGCGCAGUGAACAGGCCGUGGCUCAGCUCGAGGAGGAAAAGAAGCACCUGGAAUUCCUGGGGCAGUUGCGGCAGUAUGAUGAGGAGGGACACACUGCGGAGGAGAAGGAGGGCGAUACCACCAAGGAUUCUUUGGAUGACCUUUUCCCCAAUGAGGAGGAAGAGGAUGCCAGCAAUGGCUUGUCCCGUGGGCCGGGCGCUGCAGCAGCCCAGCAGGGUGGAUAUGAGAUCCCAGCAAGGCUUCGGACACUGCACAACCUGGUGAUCCAGUACGCAGCUCAAGGUCGCUAUGAAGUGGCCGUGCCGCUCUGCAAGCAAGCCCUGGAAGACCUGGAGCGCACUUCGGGCCGCGGCCACCCUGAUGUUGCUACUAUGCUCAACAUCCUCGCCUUGGUGUAUAGGGACCAGAAUAAGUACAAGGAAGCUGCCCAUUUGCUGAAUGAUGCCCUCAGCAUCCGGGAGAGCACGCUGGGCCGAGACCACCCUGCAGUAGCAGCCACACUCAACAAUCUGGCUGUCCUGUACGGGAAAAGGGGCAAAUACAAGGAGGCGGAGCCACUGUGUCAGCGGGCACUAGAGAUUCGGGAAAAGGUUCUAGGCACCGACCACCCAGACGUGGCAAAGCAGCUGAACAACUUGGCCCUCUUGUGCCAAAACCAGGGCAAGUAUGAGGCCGUGGAACGCUAUUACCAGCGGGCACUGGCCAUCUAUGAAGGGCAGCUUGGGCCAGACAACCCUAAUGUAGCUCGGACCAAGAACAACCUGGCUUCCUGUUACCUGAAACAAGGCAAAUAUGCAGAGGCAGAGACUCUAUAUAAAGAGAUCCUGACCCGUGCCCAUGUGCAGGAGUUUGGGUCUGUGGAUGAUGACCAUAAGCCCAUCUGGAUGCAUGCAGAAGAGCGGGAAGAAAUGAGCAAAAGCCGGCACCAUGAGGGCGGCACACCCUAUGCUGAGUAUGGAGGCUGGUACAAGGCCUGCAAAGUGAGCAGCCCCACAGUGAACACUACUCUGAGAAACCUGGGAGCUCUGUAUAGACGCCAGGGAAAGUUGGAAGCAGCCGAGACCUUGGAGGAAUGUGCCCUGCGGUCCCGGAAACAGGGCACCGAUCCUAUCAGCCAAACGAAGGUGGCAGAGCUGCUUGGAGAGGGUGAGGGGAGGAGGACCUCUCAGGAGGGAGGGGACAGUGUGAAAUUCGAGGGAGGUGAUGAUGCUUCUGUGGCUGUGGAGUGGUCAGGGGAUGGCAGUGGGACCCUGCAGAGGAGUGGCUCUCUGGGCAAGAUCCGAGAUGUCCUUCGUAGAAGCAGCGAACUUCUGGUGAGGAAGCUCCAGGGGACUGAGCCUCGGCCCUCAAGCAGCAACAUGAAGCGAGCAGCUUCCUUGAACUUUCUGAACCAACCCAAUGCGGCACCCCUCCAGGUCUCCCGGGGCCUCAGUGCCAGCACCAUGGACCUCUCUUCAAGUAGCUGACAUUCAACUUGUCUUCCUGAAGGCCUCUUGGGCCCACACAGGCCUCACAGCAUUCCCCAGUGCUCCUGACUCCUCACCCCAAGUUGGGACAGUGAAGGGGGAGCAGUGCAACCAGAAGGUUGCGGCUGCCUGUAGGGUCUCGGCUCCCUCCUCAGGAAUCUCCCUUAGGAAAGACCCUCAGGACACGCUAGCCCCACCCUGGAGUCCUCCAGAGUAGUUGGCUCUGAGGUUCCCAAGGUGGGCACAAAGCAAGGAUGCAUCUCAGAGCUGCAUCUCAGAGAUGCUUCAGGCUAUUCUGCCAGAGGGUUUGGGUCUGGCCAGCCAAUCUGCCUUGCCCUGGCCUCUCUUGUCCCAUCCCCUCUGCUGCCUCACUUCAGGUCCAUGUAUUUCACAUUUCUUAAAUAAAAGAAUCAGGUAACCGUU